GUAGGUCACAUUUUGUUCUCCGGUUGAAUUGCUGUUUCGAGAUUUCUUAGCACUAACUUGCAAUUGUUAGAUUUCACCUAAAGUGUUGUACAAACAAGGCCUUGUGAAAUACUCGAGCAACUAUAGCAUUAUCCAGAACUCGGAUGCAUGUGAUUAAAGAUUGUGAGGUACCACAUACAUGAACAAACUGUUGUAGUUGUCGUUAUACAUACAAAACCGAGUGGAAAAAAUAGUUCAGUAGAUAGAUAUUUGUAACUACAGUUCGUGUAAUAAAUUAAAAAGCUCAGGAAGUUUAUUGCGAUCAAUAAUCAAUCAGAAAACUAAACUAAACGAGAAGACAUCGAAAAGACUGCGGCGUAGUUGACUUCAUUCUUCAUACGUUCAAUAUUAGUACUUUAACUGACACCGGGUGUGGGCGAAUCUGCGCCCCGCCAAAGGAACCUCAGGCCGGCACACUGUCUUUCGCAAGUUUCAAAAGCAGCUUCACCAGCAAUGUUAAUUUCUUGAAGCGACGAUUCAGUUCUGGAGAUCUUUCCUCCGAAUGUGAAGAUGUGGAUCCGAAAGAUUUACCACCAGCAGCACGACCCCAACAGCCGUUACAGCAGCAACCUAUGCCGGGUGGACCACCCAACAUUCCGCCGCCACCAGCACCUGGGACGGCUGUGUCACCUGGGCCAGUUCCCAGUUCUGCUCCACCCACCGGUGCACCAGAGCUUUCAUUGAGUUUCGGUAAAGGUCCACAACGUGGAACUAGUGCUCCAUCUAGUCCUGCAAAAUCGCGAGAGAGCUUAUUGCAACGUGUUCAGUCUUUGACAGGAGCUGCGCGAGACCAGGGUGCGUCUAUCAUAGGUGCUGCUGUUUCGAGUGCAACUCGUGUUCAACCAUUCAACAAGGACAAGUGUUUCACAUUGCUUGUAUUAGACGACCAAAAUACGGACUGGUCAAAAUACUUUCGCGGCAAGCGACUUCACGGUGACUAUGAUGUGCGAGUAGAGCAAGCAGAAUUCAGAGAAAUAUCGCUUACUGCCAACGCUGAUGCUGGUACUUUGGUAUCCUUCAACAGAGGGAGCUCUAAACAACCGAAAUCAUUCCGACCAGAUUUUAUUCUGAUCCGCCAAGCUCCGCGAGAUGGUACCAAAGAUCACCGCUCUACUCUUUUAGGCUUAAAAUAUGGAGGGGUGCCGAGUAUAAAUUCACUGCAUUCUCUGUAUCAAUUUCAGGAUAAACCAUGGGUAUUCGCACACUUACUUCAAUUGCAACGACGCCUUGGAAAAGAAGCAUUUCCGCUUGUAGAACAAACUUUCUUCCCAAAUCCUUACGAAAUGCUUUCAUGGCAACGCUAUCCAUGCAUUCUGAAAGCUGGUCAUUGUCAUGGUGGCAAAGCAACAGCUAAAUUGGACAACUCAAGUGCAUUGCACGAUGCUGCAGGACUAUUAUAUGGUACUGGUCUCACAGAUGGUACUUCCUACUGCAGCUUAGAGCCAUACAUUGACGCCAAAUUUGACGUGCACAUACAGAAAAUUGGAAACAAUUACAAAGCAUUUAUGAGAAAAUCUAUUUCUGGAAACUGGAAAACAAAUCAAGGGUCAGCAAUGCUUGAACAGAUUUCAAUGACUGAGAAGUACAAAUCAUGGAUUGAUGAGGUUUCCGAAUUGUUUGGUGGUAUGGAAGUUUGUGGUGUUACAGUACUUGUAUCUAAAGAGGGCAAGGAGUUCAUCAUUAGCGCAUCUGAUUCUACUUUUCAACUUAUGGGAGACUCACAAGAAGAGGAUCGACGACAAAUUGCUGAUCUUGUCGUAGGUCGCAUGCAGAAUGUUUGUCGUCCAUCACUUUUAACAAAGACCACUUCACGCACAUCUAUCUCAUCACGCGGUGGCAGCCCAAGUGAAGAAACUUCCCCCAUACCAAUAGGUACGAGACCAGCAACUGUUGGUGGUGGGCCUCCUCCGAUACCAGAACGAACAACACCAGGUGUAGGAUCGAUAGGCCGUCAUGGAAGUUUCAGUAGUCAAUACAGUGAACCACCAGAUCAACAAACAGAGAAAGUAUCGACGUUGAAUAAUAUAGGACGCCGGGACUCACAAGCCUCCCAAUCCAGUUCGGUUUCUGGAGUUUCAUCUGCUUCGGCCGCCCGUUCCAAUAAAGGUCAUAUCGGUCAAGUAUCAGUACCAGAUGAAACCGAGGAUACAAUGAAGAAUUUGCGUAAAACUUUUGCCGGGAUAUUUGGUGAUAUGUAGGAUUUAGCCAAAAAGAAGAAACCAGUGCGCGAAAACAACAUUACUACUAGUAGUACCACUAAUAGCAUACUGAAUACUCGUGAGAGCUCAAUUGACAGUGUUGUUACUCGUCCUAUGACAAACGGAAAGGCGGAGAAAGAACAAUCGCUUUGCAAUGGCACUGUUGGUCAAAUACAGAGUGCUACUAGCAAUACAAAAGGUAAUACACAGAACAAUAGAACAGAUAGUGUUUCUUCUUUAAAUUCAAACUAUACCAUAAAUGUCAAUGGAUCCAAUACCAAAUAUACUGGAAGUUCGUCGAUUUUACCAGAAGUGAAAAAGCCUACAUAUGACCCAACAAUUAACGAGCGAAUCAAUCCAUUUGAUAAAGAGAGAAUAUCAGCAAACAAGGCAGUGGCAAACAAUUCAUUACCCUCCGACGACAAUAUAACUCGCACAAUCACCACUGGAUUUAACAGUUCAGCGAUAUUAUCUUCGUCAUCCUACCAACCGCCUGUAAAUUCUUCUUCUAAUUCUACUUCGAGCAUAACUUCUAGCGAUAAGAGUGAUGAUAAUAAGAUAGAUCGUUACAACACACAGCAAGGUAUUAGGGAUCAAUUACAAAAUGAUCGCUUAGCAAUGCAGACAAAAACUGUCACGAUCACUACGCCUACGUCAACUACUUCAUCAUUCUCGAGUGAAACUAAAAAGCAAGAGUUCAGUCGCACAAAACGAUCCUCCUCAGAUGCCGAGCUAAUAUUUGGUGAUAAAGGGCCGGAUUUUUAUAAAACCCGCUUUAGCAAGCCUAGUAUGUCUAGAGAACUGAAGACAAGCAAUGAUUCCCUGGCGGAUGCCGAAGUCAUUUUUGGAACUAGUGCUGUCAGUGGUCCAUCAUCAGUCACAUCAAUCGGGAAUGAACCUUCUGCUAUUGGAUCAUUAAAUCGAUACUCUUUACAAGAAAGCAAAGACAGUUCUAGUUUUAACAGUAGUGUCUCAGAUUCAGACUACAUAUUUGGAAAGACAGAAGAUAGCAGGGCGUUCUCUAAAAGCUUAUCGAUGUCAUCUGAUAAAACGGAUAAAUCUAUAACGGAUAGAUUUCGAAUGACGCCAAUACUAAAGGAGCCAACCAAAAGCGCAUCACCGAUGAACACAUCUGUUAUUGGUAAUUGGGGUAGAUUUGAUGAUGAUGACGGUUACGAUCUAAAGUAGAAAUAUUCACGUUCAAUAAAAAAGAGUUAUUAAAUUACUACAACUAAACAUUAACACAAAACUAUUACUAAUGUAUUCAAUAAUCAACUUAUAGCACAUAAUCAUACAUACUAAUUUGAUAAUAGUCAGUAUUAUUACAAGAUAUUCACUGUUCAACAUAUGAUUAAAACUCGCCUCCAAUGGUAUCUGAUUUUAUAGAUGUACGUGCACACAUGACUAAAAUAAGAAAUUAUGAGUGAAAUUCGAGUUAUAUCCAUUUUAAUCGAUUGGUUAAUGAAAUCCUGAACACUAAAAUUUCUGUAUGAACAAUAUAGACCCAAUUAAAAUAAAUUUCACGUUUAGUAGUGCUUCUGUCAAAACGAUGAUUCAUAAACAGAUGUUUAAAAUGAGACUAUACAAUCUCAUUUUAAACAUCUGUUUAUGAAUCAUCGUUUUGACAGAAGUGAACAAUUAGAUAUUCAAUUCAAAGUGAAAGUAAUAUACUGAAACUAUCAAGAGGCAAUUAAUGAAUGAUUGUCAAUCAAAACAAACAGAAUUUUGUUUUACACGACAUUGACAUAACCUAACAAGAUCUAAGUGAGCAUCAUUUGACGGUUAUCAGUGGUUUUACAUGUUUUUUUUUUCAUAUCAUUCCACUCUGCUCCAUGUUAUUGCAAUAUAAUUCCAUUGCAUUCCGAAGCAUUUCAAGGUAAAACUAGGACAGGACCAGACAACUGUGUAUCUACUUCGAAAGCCGAUUUUGAGCCAGCUCAUAAUCCGUUGAGAAUGAUAGGAGUAGGUACUAUACAUUGAAUAUAAAGUUACCACUGGGUUAGAAUUACAGACAGUAGUAUAAUGUUAUAAUAUAAUGUACAGUUUGGAUAAUUAAAUGCAUUCAGCAUAGUGCAAAUAAUUACAGAAUGAUAUCAAGAUUAUGAAUGAAUCAACUAAAAUGUGUAAUACGGGUUUGAGGGCUAUAAAUAUGAAAUACGAUAAGGACCAAAUUUGUUGAUAAUUCUUUAUUGCUUCGAAGCAAAAUCUUAUUUAACUUUAACAUGAAUUUAAAUUUUCAAAUUUUUCAGACAAACAGAACAAGUAAAUAACCAGUUCUUCCUACGAUUCCAGCAUAAACUGUUGAAAUUUGUUCCAAAUCAACAAAAAGGCCUACCUUGAAGUCAAAUGAAACAUUCAUAAAGCUUAGCGAAAAAUCAAUGACAUUUAUAAUGCCACUGUUAAUCGGGUUGAUCGAGCACCCCGAAACAAGCAGAAUUCAUUACUCAGUACGUCUUCGAGACAAUGUGAGCAAGCAUCGUUUGUGAAGGUAGUAUUGUUUUCUUCAAACAAGUGAACCACAAGAAGUCAAAAUCACAAAUAUAUGUGAUAUGAUUAAUUUUGAGAAUGAAAAUAUCUUUAAAAUGUUUUUAACAUUAAAUAUGCCUCCACUACACGGGACCGGAUGUCAAUAAUAAUAUUUACCUUCAACGUGUAUGACAACAUCGUUUCAGUAUUUCAAUAGCAUACCAUUCAAAAGUUGAUGUUAAUCGACCUGUGUUUUCACGAACCAAUCACUGCAUGCCACAACGAUGUCAUCCUUUUGAUUUCUUCCGCAUGGCCGACGGUUUCGAUCGUUGCUUACCACCUCGCAUUUCAAGCAGUAGUGCUCCGUUCUGCACAGAAUAAAUCUUCGCCCAAAACCGGAAUCUAUAAAUAUAUGCUAUGACACAAUUUGCAUUUUACUCAGUGGCUGUCUGCGAACGAAAUCGGUAGCUUGUCUAUUCGUUCGCUGGAUAGUCGCAAAUAGACUGUGUUUGGUGUAUGGAUACUAUCUCCUAUCUGCUGUACACCGUGUUCGCUUGUGUAUAUUAAAUACCAAUGAGCUAUCGAUUUUGAUACUCCAGUCGCUCGAUGGUGAAUUUGCAACUAUCAUCGACCCAAUUGGUGACCUGUUGAUGUCACAUUUAACUUAAUUCGAAAACACUACCUUAAUAGUGUUCGCUCCUAAAUGGAUUCAUGAGUCGAUGGGGUUAUGGACACUGGAAUCUCCAUUUACGAACGAAGCAGUGUUCGUAAAUGGAUUCAGUUCAAAGUUGAUAUGAAGAUAAUCAUAGAAGACUGUGAUUCCAGGCAGGUACAUAACGGCGGAAUUAAACUGUUAGAUGAACUCCGCCUUUGGAUACCAGCUCCCGGCAUUACGUAUUUAUUGGAUGGCUGUUCCGUUUUUCAACCCGUUUAUCCGGUGAAGUCGCGCAAAACACCUCUACCAGAACAAAAACCGAAGAGCGGGUAAAUUUGAUGAUUUGGAUUUCAAUCUUUUAUUGAGAUCUCAAUAACCGACGGGAACUGUUUUUCACGAGAAAAAUUUGAUGGGAGUGAAAAAGUUUCACUUCAGACGCGUACGUCUACUGCCUACUUUUCGAUUCGGUUAUGACAAAAUUGAUCUAAUUUGACAAGAAUCAAUAAUUUUUAAACACUUUCGAUACUUUAUGUACAACUUAGCUACGAUUGUAAGGGUAUUGGAUGUAGUAAGUACCUCUAAAAAGGGGAUGUAAUGUUCGUAGUGGCAUAACUCCGAAACUACUGAACGGAUUGCUAUCAAACUAGGUAAAGCUACUUCUUGCUCUUCAGAGAUGGUCAUAAAGACAUUUUUAGAAGGGGUGAGCGUGUAGUAAGUGUUCUUAACAGGGUGGUCAUGAGAAAAUUUAUCUAAUAUAACGAGAAUCGAUACUUUUUGAAGAUCAUACAUAAUUUUUCGAAACUUAAAUCGGUCUUAAGUGUAUUUGUAAGAUGUGGACAUAAUGAGUGCCUCUAAAAAAGGCUUAACGUGAAGUUGAUAGAAUUUUCCACAAAACGAUCAUGGUACCGACAAUGGAUUUUUAUCCGUGUGCAUUAGCGAAGUAAAAUAUUCGAUAUAUUAAGCUGUACUACUGCCCAUGAUUCUGACAACUCUUUUUAUGCCACCCAGUAUUAUCUUGAUUUUAGUAUAAAGUACUUACUUAUAUCAUACUUAUGCUUCGAACGAAAAAUUGGAAAAAAUCGAAUUGUAAACAGUAGUCAGCUGAUUUAUUCUCGCAUUGCGUGAAGGACACUACUGCCCUCUGUGUGUAAAAAAAUCACACCAUUCCACUUCACCGAUCGCGAGUAAUCGUGACCACGCUCUUAUGUAACAGAUUGUAUAUUCAUAAAUAUUCCAUGUAUGCGUUAACAGAUGUCAUUAUUUCUUCUUUUCUUAACGGCGUCGUUUCACUUGAAAUGACACGAUUAUUGGUAAAGUUUUUAAUUUUUGUUAAUAGUUCAAAUGGUUUUACUUUUACUAAACUACCAAUGAUAACCUCAUUGAGUCACAAAAAUGAAUAACGUCUAAUACAUUGAAAGACAAAAUAUCAAUCACGUUGAUAUAAGGAUUUUCAGCGAUUUGAAGCGUUCCAAAAGUUACACGCGCAAACCGGAUCGAGUAUAUUAUUUUACCAACAGUCAUUUCAAUAGUAGAGUCACCACGUUAUAUGUCGGACAGCUCGAUUACCAUUCCUAGAAUUUUGAUAAAAUCGGAUACAAUCGCUUUGGCUCUCAAAAGCAAUAUCACAGAAAAAUUGUUUGGCAUAUGUGCGUUACUGCUGUUAUAGCUACGAGGUAAUUCGAAGAGAAAAUGCACCAAAUUCCAUCCUUCCAUCCUUGACUUUCGAAAAAUUGAAGAAUCCAAUCAGCGUGCUUAUCACGAGAUGGCGAGAUGGUGAUGCUUUUGAUAUAUACCACAUAUUUUGUUUUACAAAAAAAAAAGAUGUUUAAACGAUUGUGGAUGGUAAAACGUUACGAAUAUUAGUAAAAAAUGAUUUAUUACGAACUGUCACCAAUCGUAUCUCUAAAUUCAUUCACAAAAACUAAUAAAUUCCCAGAUUGUAAAAAGCACCCAAUAUCAUUGUUCGAGUUUGAUAUUUCAUUUUACGAUUUCUGCAUAAAUAUCAUUCUAACAUACCGCAGAAAGUCACUGGAUCAUAAAUCAUUAGGUUUUUUACCAAAUUUUCACAUGUUUGGUAUUCGAUUCAUUAGAAAAUAUAUAUGAAAACCUUUUUUAAUCAACCUAGUGUAAUGAUACCUUGCUCAUAUUGCUUAUAUUUUCAAAAACAUCACUAGAAGAUUCUGUCAAAAUUAAGUUAAUAUAGCUUUAAAAGUGGCAACCCUGAAACUAAAUACAGGAGCUGUAUUUAAACCUGAAUUCUGCACCCAGGCUUUCGACUGAUUUCUGGGAAAAAAAAUCUUUGAUUUUCCAGGUCAACUCCGAAUAAUUCCAGGUAUCUAAUUUAUAGUACAUUAUUCAUUACUCUGGUAAUUUACUUUUCGAAUGAUAUGUGACACUCAGCUGUCCGAAAUUCUCAGAAAUGCAUCAUGCACACGAGUUCGAAAAUUUCGGUAAACGCAAAAUGUCUGUCUGUUUCAAAAUAUCGAAAAUUAUGCUUGUUUUAUAAUUUGCUUGACUGUUUAGAUAUUGGUAAAGUUUCGGGAUAAAAUUCUUAGUGCGUGGUUAUUUUUAGCAGUUCGACCGUUAUUUUCAGAUCUGAACAAAAACGUAUCAAUGAUUGAGAAUUUUUUCUUAACACGUGAAUCGUUAGGAUAAGCCCGUUACUCACCGUGUGUCGUAAAAACAGCCAUUGUGUUUAAUUUAUUUGAUGGUCAUGAUUCAGACUGAAGCCUUUCAAUAGUUCCCAUGGAACUACAAAAAAUCUAGUCCGGUGAGUUGUAGCCAAAACGUUCAAUCUUGCCUAAGAUUCAGCAGCUCGUGGAAUGUCCGUAGAAUAUGCUUCCAAGACGUAUAAAUGUUUUAUUUUUAAUUGUAUAACUUUAAAGGGUGUCGGUUUUACCUUAAAUGGGUGGAAUGAUUUUACCUGCACUAGUUGAAUUAUGAACGAGUAUUUUCGGAGUACGUUGGUUGAUAUAUUAUGUUGGUACAUACGUUGCUAAAAUGUACCUAUAUUAAGUUAUUGAAUGAAUGAAAUUGUAUUUCCUGAUCUCUGAUAUUUAAAAAAAUCCUGUUGCAAUUUUAUUGAAAUGCUGUAACAGAAAACUAGAGAAACCAUGUUGACGGUUCAAUGAAAUAUCAAUAGAAUCGUUGCAUUACCCAAUGGUUCUGAACCCAGGGGUAGAACUUAAGCGAUACACCUUUUAUUUAAAGCCUAUUUGCGAAAAUGACAAUAAAUUUCUAAUUUUACUUUAAUUUUGAUUGUGAAAGAAGUUAACGUGAAGUUAAUUCAAAGCCAAUGUGAUACACGUAAUUUAAAAAGUGAAAGCUUUUAACGUAAUUGAUAUUCCACGGCAUUCCACGCAAAAUCAGCCACCCAAAUUUUUUUUUUCAUCUAACUAUAUUUUUUUGGUAAAGAACUCGAAAAUAUUCGACACGUAUUUUUUAUUUCAAUAUGGUACGUGGAAUUUUUGAGAUAUGAUUUUUUGAAAUUUCGCUUUUUCAAAAAAGGGCCUUUUUUCAACAGCCUACACUGUAAAAUUGAAUAAAGAUACAAAAUUUCGUCCAAGACAUGAAAUAUGCGUCUUUUCCUUAGCUUUCAAAUAAGUGAUUCCAUAAAACAACCUUUAAAGUUAAUAUAAUGAAAAAAGUUAAAAAUUAAUAAACAAAUAAGAAAAUUUCAAACUUGGGCUUAAUUUUUUUGUUGAAUUUUGCUUAUUUUGAUCC